AUGCCGAACACGGCACCCAUGCACCACUUCACCCCUGCCAAUCAGCGGCCAGGUGAUCUCGAUAGAGACCAGAGUCCGGCUGAAUACUCAUCUGGGGAGGACUCUGACAAUGAUCUUGGCAAUGGCUCCGGCAACGCGCGAGCCUUGAAACGGAAACGACCUCUUACCGUCUCAUGCGAACUUUGCAAGCAGAGGAAAGUCAAGUGCGAUCGUGUGCAACCGAGCUGUGGCUGGUGUACUCGUAACGGCCAGUUAUGUGAAUACAAAGAACGGAAGAAGCCUGGUCUGAGAGCCGGGUAUGGAAAGGAGCUAGAGCAGCGACUGGAUCGACUAGAAGAGGUUAUCCAAUCACAAGCAAGGCUGAUCGAGAUGCAUAUUUUGCAAAACCAGCAUCCAAUAGGAAACCAUAGAGGAUCCAUCUCCUACAGCUCGCCAUCCGAACCAUCUGCAGUCCACGGCCCCAGCCCCCGCGCGGCUCUCUAUUUCAAUGAUCCCGCCUCUUCAAUCACUUUGCCUUCCCGCCGUGCAGAUGUGUCGAUCACUAGCCCUUCGGAUACUUCAGUCAAGAAUCUUGUUUCAAACGGCCUACAAAAUGGGAGUGCAUCGGCCAUGGCCUCAUUGCCACCACAGGGUGCACAUAAUAAUGAUUUCACGGGCAACGAAUCAUCCUUGUCCGUACCAGUCAGUAUUUUUGCAAACCAAGAACAGUCAUUAGCCGACCCAGACCUCGACCUACCUCCAUAUGAUUUGCUCUAUGCCUUGGUCGACCUGUAUUUUGAGCACAUUAACUCCUGGUGUCCUAUUCUUCAUCGUCGAUCUACAUUGGACACAUUCUUUGGCCCAUCACCAUUGGAGGAGUCGGACCGCAUGGUUCUCUAUGCCAUUGUUGCAACCACAUUACGGUUUUCAAAUGACAGUCGACUCAGUGAACAUAAUCGAAAGCGGUACCAUGAUUCUUCAAAACAGAAAGUCCUGUUAUACGGCCUUGAGAAUUCGUCGGUCAAGGCUCUACAAGCACUCGUGAUCUUAGCUUUGGAUCUGGUUGGAGAUUCAAAUGGACCUCCUGGAUGGAAGCUGCUGGCCUUGAUUACCCGAUCCGUUGUUCAGCUGGGAUUGGCAGUUGAGUCUAAAUCAUCGCUCAUCGCUCCAGUCUACCCCUCUAUCUAUACGCUUAGAGCAGUCACGUUAUCCGAGCCCGACUCAUGGAUUGAGGACGAGAGUAGACGCCGUCUAUUUUGGAUGGUCUAUUUGUUGGAUAGGUACUCGACUCUCGCCACUGCAUUCAACUUCGCCUUGGACGACAAAGACAUUGAUCGAAAGCUUCCCUGCAAAGAUGAAUUCUUCAUCAAGAAUGAAGUCGUUGAGACGCGAAGAUUCCACUACUCAGGCGAUCGUGCAGACUAUUUGAGCCACGCAAAUACCGUGGGCUCUUUUGGGCUUUAUAUUGAGGUUCUGGGCAUUCUUUCGCGUAUUCAUGCGUUCUUGAAACGGCCGGUGGAUAUUGGGUCUCUAUCUGAUGUUGAAGAAUGGCAAUCUACCUACCGAAAGCUCGACAGUGAGCUGACUACAUGGGAGUUCAAUUUGCCUGCAGAAUACGCCUAUGAAAAUUCCUCUCGGCUUUUCAACGGGACGAAGCCAAAUCGGACUUUGCACAGUGAUUGGGUACAGCUUCAUGCUACCUAUCAAACAGCUGUCAUUCGUCUCCACUCAUCUGCGGCGUACCCUACAACCCGGUCGCCGAUAUUCACCCCAUCCUACAGCGCUAGUCAACGAUGCUUGUUAGCAGUUGACAAUAUCCUCUCAGUCACUCGUUUCGUGGUUGAGAACAACAUGCUUGAUAAGCUCGGGCCACCAUUCGCCUUUACUCUCUGGGUCUCAGCUCGUCUUCUACUCGUCCACGGAUCUACUAUCGCCCACACCGUCAGUUCCGACAUAAUUUUCUUCGUUGAUACACUCUCCCGCAUGGGCCAGCACUGGAAGGUCGCAGAGCGCUACAGCAACAUCCUUCAACGAGUCCUCGACGAGUACGGCGAAUAUCAGCAAUCAGUCGCCAUAGAUGGCGAACGCUCAACCCCAUCUACGGUCAAGAUCCUAGCCGACAUGCGCCGGUGCGCAUUCGAUCUCGACUUCCUCAUAUCUCGCCAGCCACGAGAAUCACCCUCCUCCAUGAGCGGUAACGGGAACGACGCUGCCCGACCAGCAUCUGCAGCCCUAGCCCCUCGCAACCUUGCACCAAAUGAACUCGAGUACCUGGACGUAUUCGGCUUUUUCAAUGUCCCGCGUGUGCCACCAGCCAGAGCUCCAGAUUCUGUCGCUGCGACAGCUUCGCAUCUCGAUAUCUCGGACUCGGUACCCAAUCCGAUGUCCAUCCAUGGACUGACGGGCAAUGGACCCCUUGAUGGUCACACUUCUUCAAACGCGAACGAGUUCAAUAUUACCAAUUACCUGAUCCCGACUCCUGAAACUGAUUGGCUUUUUCGUCCUGCAGGGUGA